CUUCAUCAUACUUUGCGUUCACUGCUUUUCCCCACCCUUCCAAGUUUUCAGUUUUUGCAGAGAAUUCCAUCUCAAGCUCUGUAUGCGUUUGUGUGUAUAUAAACAUUCGUCUAUACAGUUCAUCUUGAUCGAUUCUUUAGCAUUUGAAGUUUUCGUGGGUCGUCGUCGAAUCCGGGGUGCAAAAGGGAUUUGAUACAAGAAGCAGGAGCCCUUUGAUGCGGAGUGAUUUCGAUUUAGCUUCUCCAGCUUUUGCAUCACAGCAUCAUGGAUAUGCCGCUUCUGGAUAUUCAACCUCGGACAUUGAAGUUUGUAGUUCAAUUGAAUAAGCAGAGUUCUUGUGUUGUUCAGCUUACCAAUACAACCCAUCAGCAUGUUGCUUUCAAGGUCAAGACCACAUCCCCAAAGAAGUAUUGCGUCCGACCAAAUGUUGGCGUUGUCGCACCAAAUUCGUCCUAUGAAUUCACUGUCAUUAUGCAAGCAUUUAAAGAACCACCUCCUGAUAUGGUCUGCAAAGAUAAGUUCUUAAUCCAGAGUAUCACUGUGCCUGCGGUGACAUCUGAUGAAGACAUCACAGCUAGCUUGUUCUCCAAAGAGGAAGGCAAACCCAUACAGGAGAACAAACUCAAAGUCACUCUUGUUUCAGCUUCUGACUCACCUGAAUUGUCUCCGCUUGAUGGAACACUGAAGCAGGGUCCAGCAUUUGAAGGUUCAAUCCUUAAGGAUAGAGUAUUUAGUCAACCCGAGACCCUUGCUUCUCCACAAUACGAUGGUGAGAUUGGCAAGGAACCAAGGAUAGUUAGUGAUGAAGAGAUAAAACCAACCAAGAUUGUCGGCGAUAUCAAGGAAUUGAGGCCGCCCAAGAAGAGCUCUGUGAGUUUUGUGGACUAUUUGGAUCCUGGAAAUGACGUAAAACCAACUAGGGGCAGCUAUGACAUGCCGAAGUUAUCGAAGGAAACCGACUUUGGCCGGUUAACGUCUCAUGAGGAUGCAGAUUUCAAAAGGGAUAUUAAGCCAAGAAUCAACACUGAGGUUCCGAGAAAGCCUGUGGAUUUAGGGCAUGCUAGUGAAAUUAAUUCAGCUAAAAAGGACAGAGACAUUGCUGAGUUGCCAAAGAACAUAGAGGAUCGAAAUAUUAAACGCAUGGAUGAGCUGAAGUUGGUUAAAGACAUUGAGGAUAUGAAGCUGAAGAUCAGUGCCCUUGAAUCCAAGCUAAAACAGGCUGACACAACCAUAACACAGCUUACCGAAGAGCGGACUCUAAGCUAUCAACAGAGCCAAAGCUUGCAACGAGAAUUGGGGGAACUAAGAAUGAAAAAGGUAAUCAAACAAGAGCACGUUGGGUUCCCUCUCGCCUUCGUGUGUGUCCUGGCAUUCAUCAGCCUCGUUCUCGGAUAUCGUCUGCACCCUUGAUGUCCCUCUCUUUCUCUCUCUCUCACUGCAACUUAUUCUGAGAACUGGUGAAGUAGACUUCCCUUUUAUCAUAUAUAAAGUGUGUAGUCUUGAAUAUAGAACCAAGGGAGAAAUAUAUUAUCGUCCCUUGAGGGAGUAUAGCUUAUUUGCUAACACCACCAUUGCUUAUGCUCUUUGCCUUGUUAUCUUACUGCAACUGCUCUUGUUGUGCCCUUUAGAAAUUUGGUUGGUCUUUUAAGCGUUUUCUUUCUAAAACCCUCUCUUGUUCUUCAUAUCAUCAACUUCUUCUUGUGCC